CUUGGUACUCGGCGGCUCGGGAGCCUGUGCGUUCUGUGAGGCUGCGGCGGAGCCUCUAUACAGAAGGCGCCAGAGGUUGGCAGCUUCGAUUGAAGCCCGUCGAGCGGCGACAGCAUCUAGGAGUCAUGAGCGACAGCGGCGAGCAGAACUACGGCAGCGGGAAUCCUGCUCUGCUUCCAGAAGUGGAAGUGCUCAUGGAUCUGGGAAAUCUGCAAGGCAUACCCCUGCAAGGUCUCGCUCCAAGGAAGAUUCCAGGCGUUCCAGAUCAAAGUCCAGGUCCAGACCUGAAUCUAGGUCUAGACCCAGAAGAAGUUCUCGAAGGCAUUAUACAAGAUCAAGAUCCCGCUCCCGCUCCCAUAGACUAUCCCAUAGCAGGUCUUACAGUCGAGAUUAUGGAAGACGGCAUAGCCACAGUCACUCUCCCAUGUCUACUCGCAGGCGUCAUGUUGGGAAUCGGGCAAAUCCCGACCCCAACUGCUGUUGUGGAGUAUUUGGAUUGAGCUUGUACACUACAGAAAGAGAUCUAAGAGAAGUGUUCUCUAAAUAUGGCCCCAUUGCUGACGUGUCUAUUGUAUAUGACCAGCAAUCUAGGCGUUCCAGAGGAUUUGCCUUUGUAUAUUUUGAAAAUGUAGACGAUGCCAAGGAAGCAAAAGAGUGUGCCAAUGGAAUGGAGUUUGAUGGACGUAGGAUCAGAGUUGAUUUCUCUAUAACAAAAAGACCACAUAACCCAACACCAGAAAUUUACAUGGGGAGACCUACCUAUGGCAGCUCACACCGUCGGGAUUACUGUGACAGAGGAUAUGAUCGAGGCUAUGAUGAUCGUGACUACUAUAGCAGAUCAUACAGAGGAGGUGGUGGAGGAGGAAGAGGAUGGAGAACUGCUCAAGAUAAGGAUCAUAUUUACAGAAAGCGGUCACCUUCUCCUUACUAUAGUCGUGGAGGAUACAGAUCGUGUUCUAGAUCUCGAUCAUACUCACCUCAUCACUAUUAAAGCAUGAAUAUGAAGACUUUCUGAAACCUACCCUAAAGUUGGGAUAUUGUUUGUGGACAAUAUUUUUUAUUGUCUCCUGUUUAAAAAGUGAACAGUGCCUAGUGGAGUUAGGUGACUUUUACACCUUUUAUGAUGACUACUUUUGGUGGAGUUGAAAUGCUGUUUUCAUUCUGCAUUUGUGUAGUUCGGUGCUUUGUUCAAAGUUAAGUGUUUUCAGAAAAGUAUGUUUUGCAUGUAUUUUUUUACAGUCUAAAUUUUGACUGCUGAGAAGUUUCUAUUGUACAAAACUUCAUUUAAAAGAUUUUUCUACUGAAUCCAGGGUAUUCUGAAGAUCGAAGCCUGUGUGUAAAAAUGUUACCAAAUGGUAAAAAGCAACAAUAAAGUUUGGUUUUUACUUUU